AUGCUUGAGACGGACCUCGGCGCGACCAAUUUGACCGACUAUGGCUGCCCAUCGCUCACAGCCGAGCACGCUCGCUACGCCCGCGAGAUCAACGCUGCAGUCGCCCAUCUCUUGGCUGCGCUGUCGCUGGACCACUACACGCUUACCACAACGGACGCCGUGCAGUGCGGUGCUGUGCCGAUCACGCCCCUGUUGAUGUCCAAAGGCUAUAAAGACACGUGGUCGAACCACCGCACGAUUCGCAUCGGGGGUCUGAUGCGCGCUGGCCUCAAGAACAGUGACCCGACGCACCGUGGCUUGACGAAGCGCGGGAAAAUGCGUGGCAGCUCCUCCUUGUCGCAGUGCCCGAAGGCGGCAGAGGUCCUCCAGCUUGCGAACGGCAGCUACGUAAAAGCAAGUGCAGUCCCCGACGCGCUCACAGUUGCGCUCAACACGAACGUGCCCGCGUACGGCGUCUUCCAUGCGCUCAAGAUCACAGCGCCCGAGUAA